AUGCAUUUCCUCAGACUACCGAGUAAUGGAGACAUACAUUUACAGGGCAUUGAUGAAGACGCCACCAACGAGGCCAUUGAAGACACCACUGUUGGGAUGAACCUCAGCAUCAAGGCCAAACACGCACUAUCCAGGAUAGUGAAAGUGAGCAGCAAGAUCUUGGGGGAUAAUGAUGAUGGUCUUGUGGUCCUGCUACUUGUCUACCUCGUCUCCUUCUCCAGCUUCAGCUCCAAGGAAGACAGAAAGGAACCUCCAGGACCAAAACCAUUUCCCCUAAUCGGGAACCUGCUGCAGCUUGAUCUCAAGAGGCCCUACAACACAUUACUGAAGCUUUCCAAGACAUAUGGAUCAGUGUUCACUGUGUAUUUGGGACCCCAAAAAGUGGUGGUCCUGGCUGGGUACAAGACGGUGAAAGAGGUACUUGUCAACUAUGCUGAAGAGUUUGGUGAAAGAGAUCCAAUGUUAAUAAUGCAGGAAUCUUAUCAAGAACAUGGUAAGGAAAAAGCUUUUUAGAAAUCAUUUUCCUGU